CUUUUCUGUAAACAAUCUUAUGUAAGUUCAUCACUGUGUAGUGAUAAUUAAGAUGGCAAACAGUGACAGAAACAACAACACUACCGUUUGCUGGCAGCACUCAGAUGAGUUUUCAGAGACAAACCUGCACUUACUUGAAAACGGAAUUCUCAGUGACAUAUCAUUCGCUGCUGGAAAGAAAAGAACGAUUGUCCGUGCUCACAAGAUGAUCCUAGCAAGCAGGAGCCCUGUUUUCUUUUCCAUGUUCUGUGGGUUACUGAAAGAAACUUCAACUGUAGUGGACAUACCUGAUAUCAAUGCUGAUGUCUUUCGACUAUUUUUGAAGUAUUUAUAUACACGAUCGUGUGACACGAAUGAAAAAACAGUGACGUCUUUGCUUUACUGUGCGAAAAAAUAUGACGUCCCGUCACUGCAAAAGAUCUGCCGGGAUUUCCUUAGAAAAGCCAUAACUGUUCUGAAUGUAUGCACCGUUCUAGACGAGUCAUUACUCUUUCAAGAAGACCAGCUUAAAGAUGAGUGUAUUAAUUUUAUUUCUCAGAAUACAAUCGCCGUGCUCAAGACAAGAUCAUUUAAAAACCUUUCUUCGAAUACCGUCAAACUACUUCUUGAAGACGAUAUACUGAACUGCAAGGAAAUCCAUAUUUAUUCUGCAUUGAAGGCGUGGGGUGUGUGUGAAUGCAAACGAAAGGGAAAGAAUAUUCCAACAGCUGAAAAUAUACGUGACGAAAUCGGUGAGCUGGUCAAGUUGAUUCGAUUUCCAACAAUGAGUGUGGAAGAUUUUUCUAAAUUUGUUGCGAACGACUUUGUUUUAACACCAGAGGAAAAGCUGGCUUCCUAUCAAGACAUUGUUCUUGGCGAAAAGAUAUCUGGAUAUCCAACCAAAUCUAGACAAAAACCCACAACUCAGUAUAAGGUUAUGAGAUUCCGUUCCAUAACAACUCGGACCAGAUCAAUAGAAUUGCAAUAUAAUGUCAUUUGUUUUACCGUUUCAAGAACAUGUACACUUCAUGGAGCGAUGCUCUUUCGACCAGCUACUUCAGGGAUGGCUACUGGCAAGUUUAUUGUGAAAGAAAAUGAAGAUAAUGUGUUAGUUCAAUCAGAUGUAUCUAUUGAGUUUGAGAUAGAAAAGACCACACUCGACCAUUUAUUCCCCCCAAUACGAUUGGAACCCGGGAAAGUGUACUGCGUUGAGCAUCAUACUAAACUGACUGGACACUGUGUAAACAUUUACUCUGGAACGGAUCAACAACCGAAUAUUAAUGCAGAUAAUGUCCUAGUAAAGUUUGAAAAUGUUAAAUUCAACGAGGGAACAAACAGCACAACACUGUCUACUGGCCAGAUCUUAGGACUGAUUAUCGGAGUAAAAAGGCUUAACCUAAGUUUAUAAUCAAGUCACAUCGCGGUUAAACCCAAAGUGUUGAUUUUUUUUGUAUAUAAAACAUUGUUAAAACCUGCUUUUGGUUUUCCAAACAAAUGACAAAGCUAUGACCUCGUUAAUACCUAUAUAAUGAAUUUUCCAACUGUCAUGAAUUUAAGAAUCGACAUGAUUUAAGUAAGGUUAAAGUAACGUAAAAGUGUAAAGUUGUUGGGUGUGUUUGUUAGUGUGUGCGUGUUUGUGUGUGUCUGGGCAAUCUUGUCCACAGCGUAAUGUGAACAUUCUUUGAGGUAUUCACUUCAAACUUUAUAUACAGAUAUAUUUCAUUUAAUGUAAUUGCAGAGUAUAGAAACCAUGACUCAGUUUUGUUUUAAUUAUUGGCCUUUGUUAAUUUCUAAACUUAUAUUUUGUUUGAAACAUUAUGUAAGGUAUUGAAUUCAAACUUCGAAAACAGAUAAAUCUAAUUUUUUGUCAUAAGCAUAACUUGAUAAGACUCUGAGUUAUUGUAAAUUAUUUCUAAUGUUUACAUUAAUACGUUUUAAGCAAAAUAUCGUGUAUUAUCCGCACCAUAUUAUACGUUACUUAAACAUGCGUGUUUCUUAUUCCAAAUAGCCCAUCGGUUUCAGGAAAACGUUCAUAAGUGUGUAUAUAAUGCCUUUUAUUGAUUUCUUAAUCGUGGGGUUAGCUGGAAACAUUUUGAGCCUUAAUAUAGCAACAUUUAAGCUUAUUAAUCCCCCGCCAGGAAGUGGGGAUAGAAUUAUAGUAAUGCACUUCGUCCGUCUGUCAGUCUGUCUGUCUGUCCGUCCGUCUGACUGUGUUUCUGUCCGUAACAUUUCGUGUCCGGCCUAUAACUUACUUAAAGGUCAAGGUCACACGAGACAUUUAAAGAUCAGAGUACACAUGAUCGUGUCCGCGCUAUAACUUACUUAUGCAUUGAUGGAUUACCAUAUAACUUGGUACCAAUGUUGUCCACAUUGAAAUGAUGUGCAUUGACCUAAACCCUGGUCCAUACCUCAAUGGUCAAGGUUACAUCUGACAUU